ACUCUGCGACAAUUUACUGAUAACCAGUACAUUGAAACACCAAAAAUUAAAAUAAUAAUGUCUUCACCUGAAAGCGUAUUGAAACCAACAAAUACAAAUCCCAUAAAUCAAAGAAAUAUUAAUAAAGCUCAAAGAUUCCGAACAAAGUUUGAUUUGGUCAAAGAAUCUGAACUCAAAACAAAGAUUUCAAUGCUAUCCGAUUUUAGUAAAUAUGUAGAAUUUAUCAUAUCAAAUAAACAAGUUCUUUUAAUGAGACUUAAAGAUCUUUUUGUUUGUGAACAUAUGGACCUUGAGCCAGAAUACUACAAUAUCAUUUUGUUACCACAUGAUUUGAGGAGCUUGGAAUGGUUCAGAAGUCACACAGUUGUCGACAAGACUAUAGAUUCACAAAUAAAAGAAAUAUCGUCCUUAAUUGCAAUAUAUGGUAAUUAUUCAGACGGUCUUGAUCGC